UUUCACUCAUUUUCUUUCUCCUGCUUUCUCUACUCUUCUCUGCAUCUGUCUGUUUUUAUCUGACCUCUGCUCACUUCCUUUCCUGUAACAGUUCUCUUUUACUGCCUGCAUGAUAGUUCUCUUCUUCUCGGCAACAGUUACGCAUGCAUGUUCGCGCAAACAGACUCAUACAUUCACACACUUUCUCUGUCUCUCUCGCUUCAUCUGACACGAAGACAAGAGCUGCAGCUGGUUGUUGUUGGAAAUGACUAGCUUUGGAGUAGAGUGAGGGAAGCAUGGCUAGACUUGCCUCCAGUGGGGCAAGUGGACCUAGAGAGUGACGGCUGUAGCUCUGCGGUCCCCUGCACUGCCACCAGCCUGUCUGGUUCCAACAGGAUGUCUGCUAAGAGGAGGGCGCUCUUGGAGCAGAAGCAGCGGCGGAAGCGACAGGAGCCCUUGAUGGUACAGCCAAAUCCAGAGGCGCGACCUCGACGCUCUCGGCCCCGUCGCAGUGAAGAGCAAGCACCACUCGUUGAGUCUCGUCUCAGCAUAACAAGUGACGUCAUCCUUGAUGCAGGUAUUGAUGGGCCGGCAGCUUUCCUGACCUCAGAGGCUCCUGAUCUGGGUACAAAGAUCCAGGUGCUCUCAGUCAGCCAGCCGCAGAAACCUUCUCCCCCUCCCGCCGAGGAGCCUGAGAGAGAUGGAGACACAGACACGCUGCUGGAGCCUAAAACAGAUAUACACACACUGCUACAGAGACGUGGUCUCUCGGGCAGCAUGAACUAUGAUGAAGUCAGUGACGAUGAUGAUGAUGAAGCAGAAGAUCGAGUCCGCUCACUUUCUCCUAACACGGAGUCCACACGUCCAGCUUCUGCCUCCAGCACUAAGUCCAGCACGGAGUGUGUAACGGUGGGAUCGCCCAUGGCAGAGGGCCCCUCCAUCGAGGUGGAUAACCUGGAGGAGUUUGUGCUGCGGCCGGCUCCUCGGGGUGUUACGGUCAAGUGCCGUAUCACACGGGAUAAGAAGGGCAUGGACCGAGGCCUCUACCCAACGUACUUCAUGCACCUGGAGCGAGAAGAUGGAAAGAAGCUCUUCCUGCUGGCUGGGAGAAAGAGAAAAAAGAGCAAGACCUCAAACUAUCUGAUCUCAGUGGAUGCCACUGACCUGUCUCGAGAGGGAGAGAGUUUUGUGGGGAAACUAAGGUCAAAUCUGAUGGGUACUAAGUUCACGGUGUAUGAUAAUGGCACAAACCCUAGCAAAAACCCUGGGGCUUUGCUAGAAGAGAGCAACACGCGGCAGGAGCUAGCAGCUAUAUGCUAUGAGACAAAUGUUCUAGGGUUUAAAGGACCACGCAAAAUGACCGUCGUCAUCCCUGGGAUGAAUAUGAACUUUGAGCGCGUUCCUGUACGCCCCACUAACGAUCAGGAGUCUUUAUUGAAUAAAUGGCAGAGUCGUGCUUUGGACAAUCUGAUCGAGUUACAUAACAAAGCACCAGUGUGGAAUGAUGACACUCAGUCUUAUGUGCUAAACUUCCAUGGAAGGGUCACACAGGCAUCUGUCAAAAACUUCCAGAUCGUCCAUGACAACGAUCCGGACUACAUUGUGAUGCAGUUUGGCCGCGUGGCUGAGGACGUGUUCACAUUGGACUAUAACUAUCCCAUGUGUGCUCUGCAAGCAUUUGCAAUCGGCCUGUCCAGCUUUGACAGCAAACUUGCUUGCGAGUGACUCUACCGCCCCCUCGCCCAGAAACACUCCUUUACUGUGGAACCAUCAGGACCCUAACAUAGCUUCCCUAACUGGAAAUUUCUUUCUCCUAAUCAUCUACCCUAUUUGGUACAGCAGAGCUCACCUCUUUCCCUUUCCUGGAUCUCCUCCCACCCAGCUCCUUCCUAUCUAAUCAUUACUUGUGGUGGAGUGCCCUGUACAGGGAAGAAACCCAAAGCAGCACAAAAGACAUAGAGCAUCUGCUGUAACCAUAAAAACCCCCUCCUGUUUUCUCAACAGCAACAGUUCAGGAAAAAAUAAAAAAGGCAUAGUUAUCAUCAGAUUGAAUUCUGAGAAAAGGCUACUGUUGAUUUUUUUUUAGCCUCAGAUCUGUAAAAUCUGGCAUAGCAUCCAUAUGGCAGAAGUAAAUAGGAGGUUUCACUGUGACAACAGUGUUCUGAAGAGGAGGAAGGAAGAGAUUUAUUAGUGAAAAUAUAUGGACAUAUAUUUAGAAGGGAACUCAUUCAGUCUAAUUUCUGUUGUGAUAUACAUAAACACGUGACAUCAUUCCUUUGUGUUGACUCAUCGUCGUGUUGUUUUACUCCAGCAUGUCCUGCGAAAUGAAGUUUAGGUCACAACUGAACAAUGGUGAAGGGACAAUGAUAUUUUGGUUCCAGCAAAAGGACAGUAAAGUUACACUUAAAGAGUGGCAAAGGGACAAUGACCGUUGGGAUGGUGCUUCGUUUUUAAUACAUUUUGAUUGGUGUUGUAUAGCUGUUGAGUCACAUUUGUUUUUAAAUGUGUUCCUUUUUUAAAGCUGGUUUUUGUGUUGUUGACGGAUAUUUUUUAUCAGUGUCAGACUGUGGUUUUGCAUGUGGCUUGAUGUCUGUUUUAAAUUGUGUAGCAGUGCUGGAGCCCUUUCCUUCCUUUGCAAACUGAAGAUGACUCACUGCUGUUUCAGCCUUCGAAUUCUGUUGUCUGGGGAACACUUGCACUACAUGUUGAAGCUGAUUAAGCAGCCUCGGGUUCCUUAACUAGACACCACUAGCUUCAGAGAUAAAUGAUAAAUGUGUUCCUUUCCUUGGCCUUCCAUUCCACAGCCUGUUUGUUUUUAUUUAUUUAAUUCCCUCAAGUAGGUUAAAUGGUGACAGCCCCUCAUAUUGCAGAGUGAAAUUGUGCUUAUCAUUUAAACGUUUGUGUGGCCUUGGUAUUUUUUUAUGGUAAAACAGUGCAAUGAUGCUUCCCUUGUGAAAUGGAAACACAAAAUGAGAAAACUAUUUUGAUAAUAAUGACUGGUGAGUGGAGUUUAAAUUGCCUUAAUAUGUUCAUGUAGAGUAUGAAGAAGGUCUGGAUGCAGGGUCAGUUGAUAAGCGAGUCCAUAUUAUGGGAGGAUUAAAGCACAUUUCUCCCUGUCUAGUUAGAAACGUCUGCAAUCCUGGCUUGUGUGUGCGUUUACAUCUUGUACUGUAUGUGCUUAAGCAGCCAACAGUUUACUGGAAAUAAAAGGAAAACCUAUUUUUUCCCAUUUUAAAUUUACUUGGAGUGAAGUAAUGUUUGCAGAAGUUCUAUUUUAAUUAUGAAAUGAGGGCCUUCAGUUUUUCAACUGAAUUUGAGGUCUGAUUAUCAGAAAGGGUACGUUGACAUCGAGAUUUUACUAACUUGCAGAAAAAAUAUGUAAAUAAAAUGUCAGUAAAGAGUCUUAUCUGCAUAUUUUAGUCCAAAUACAAAGUUUAACAAA